UCAGUGUCUUCAUAAAGAAAACGUUCACACCUGAAGACGGGAUUUUUGGUAGCCGUUGUGUGCAAGGACGUAACACGGGCUUUUUCACUUAAGGUUUUCUCGGUCCUUGGAGCCCAUUUCUCCAUAAAACGGCUUUGGAAAUAGGAGGAUGUUUGGUUGCGUUAUUAGCGCGAAAAAAGAUUUUGUAUUUGUUUUUAACUGCAAGUGAAAGUAAAACGUGCGGAAUCAGUAACGCGACAUCACUUUGAGCCAUUUGGGUUGUCAAAAAUGCAGAUGGAUACACGGUUCACCAGAGGGAAGUCGGCCAUCCUAGACCGCUCCCUUACACGUCCGAAGACUGAAGUGAGCCUGAGCGCAUUCACCUUGCUGUUCUCGGAGAUGGUGCAGUACUGCCAGAACCGUGUCUAUUCUGUGUCUGAGCUGCAGGCCAAACUGUCAGAGCUGGGACAGCAGGUGGGCGCACGCAUCCUCGAUGUGCUGGUACUGCGAGAGAAGAAUGGCAAACGGGAAACGAAAGUCAUAAAUGUGCUCCUCUUCAUUAAGGUCAACGUGUGGAAGGCGUUGUUUGGCAAGGAAGCUGACAAACUUGAGCAGGCCAAUGACGAUGACAAGACCUAUUACAUCAUUGAGAAGGAACCGCUCAUUAACACCUACAUAUCCGUGCCUAAGGAGAACAGCACCCUGAAUUGUGCCUCCUUCACGGCGGGCAUUGUUGAGGCUGUCCUCACCUUCAGUGGCUUUCCUGCCAAAGUCACUGCUCACUGGCAUAAGGGCACCACACUCAUGAUUAAGUUUGACGAAGCUGUUAUUUCACGCGACAAGGCACUUGAUGGACGCUGAGUAACGUUUUCCACAAGCCUGUAUUUAUAGACUGUCGUUGCAGAAGGGAUGCUUAAAGAAUGAUGUGUGGUGGUUGUGAUGUAAAAGGCUUGUCCGUGGAAGCCACUUUGUUUGUCACUUGAUCCAAAACACUGCAUUUGUGGAGACCUGGACUCUGAACUCAUCGGAUGGAGGUAUGUGAGCUUAGAGUGCAGUGUCAGGUGUUUCAAAUGACAGUAUAGCAUGUUUCUUCGGGGAAACAGAAAUCUGUUUAACUGUGGAAACGGAGUUAAUCAUUGGAGAAACUUUACUGGAAAUUCAUUGACACACCUGUCAGCAGUAAAAAGCAAUUAAGGACUUAACGGUUUGAAAAAGAAGAAAAGGCUUAACUAAUAAAUACCUGGACUGUUCAGGGGGAUCUGUAAUCGCAGUGUAAAGAUCACCCGCUCUUGUCAUGGCUUAUGUCUUUUAUUGAUUACUCCCAACAAGUCUCAACAAACGACUCAAAAUCAUUUAAAGCUUCUACUCGGUAGUAUCGUAUGACAUUUUAAGGGAAUUUAAAACUGUUUGCUUUAGAUAGUUACAUGCUGUGUAUAAUUUGUCUUGUGCAUUGAGGAAUUUGACAGUUUAAAAUGAAUGUGCUUGUAUGAUCUAACACUGUAAUAUUCUGUAAAACGUGAAAAAGACUUUGUCUGAGAAAGUAAAAGAUUACUUUCUGUACUUUUUGUUUAGCCCAGUCCCAUUACAAAGAGCAGGCUGAACCUUUCACUCCAGGGUGAAAAUCCAAUGCCUGCUGUUAAUAUGAAGACCUGUCUACAGUAGUAUAUACAGGACAGAACAGCUUUAAAUGACAUUUAGACAAAUAAAAAUGAAACAAAAAUG